AUGUCAUAUGCUUUGAGUGAUCCAAGUGACAGCUGUUUUCAGCAGAAGUGCCAACAUACCCAUGGGGACCACUGUUUUCAAUGUGAAGAGCUUGGUACUGUUCUAGAUGACAUUGAAGAGGCUGUUGAAGAAGCUUCUUUUCACAUGAAAAAUGAUCAUGACAAAGCCACAUACUUGUUAAAGCACAGCAGGGACAUAAUUCAUGCCUGGAAGGCUCACCAGCUCCAUACAGUGAGGCAAGACCAGUCUAAAUUGAAGAUUCUCAAAGAGCUAGAUAGUGGUUCAGUCUUUAUUGCCCAGGACUGGGCCAUGAAAUUUCUAAUGCGUAAGUAUCGUGAAUCUCAGUCAGACUUGCUCGGUAAGUGUGGCAUCUCUUAG